UAGCUAUACAACUGCUUUAACGUUACCCUCGCCAACAUGACCCACUAACGUUGCACAGCUGACGCGAUUGAUUUUUCCGCGACGUCUCGCGCUUAACGUUAGUGCGUCGCCAUCAUCGAGUCCUCUUGGUUUGUAUGUGCGUGCGUGUGCGUCCUUCAUUCAUUUAGGGUUAUCGGCCAUCGCCGUUGACGCCUCGUAAAACGCUACUAUUCAAAGGACUAAACAAAAACCUAUUCCACAGUACGACAUAACAAUAACAUACAAUUACACUUAAGAGUCAAGGCUUUUACCACAAAAAUGCCAGUCUGUAAACAAGACGAAACCCUUAGGGCUUUAGCCCUUCUGGAAGACUAUCAUGCCAAACUCUCCACUGUACCCAAUAAUGAUCUACAAGUCGUUAUGAAGAUUGUGAUCAGCGUCUUUAAGUCUAGGCUUUUUCAGGCUCUUGUUGAUAUACAAGAAUUUUAUGAAUUGGCACUUCAAGAUGAAAGUCAUUCUGUAACAGAUGAAGAUAUAUCAAUUGCACAAAAAUAUAUAUUGGAUCAAUUUGAUGCUAAAGUUGGUUUGAAUGAUCUUAAUUUUCAACCCUUGGAAACUGAAUGUCAACGCGAUUAUAAAAAGAAAGAAUUUGUGGAUAUAAGUUGUCAAAUUAAUGGGCUGAGUGGACAUACUGGAAAUCAGUCUUGUGGCGAUGCUACUGAACAAGAAUCUAAUCUUGAAACUGAUGAUGAAACUGAAUAUUGGGAAUAUGAUAAAAUAACAGUUGAAAGGGGCUCUGGUGGCCUAGGCUUCAGCAUUGCUGGUGGUGUGGAUUCAGAAUCAUUAGUUCUUGUGACUCGAGUUAGUCCAGAUAUUGGUGCAACUGGUCUUCGUGCUAAUGAUAUUAUUUUAAAAGUGAAUGAUCAGUCGUUGGAACAUGUACCUCAUAGUUUUGCUGUAGCUGCUCUUAAAAAUGCUGGAGAUGUUGUUACACUGCAUGUAAAACGACGUAAAAAGGAUGCAUUUGUUGAACCAGAAAAAUCAUAUACAGUUACAGAGAUUGAAUUAGAAAAAGAGGAUGGUGGUUUUGGUUUUACAAUAGCUGGAGGUGUUGGUAAUGUUCAUUUACCUGGAGAUAGUGGAGUAUAUGUUACAAAGAUCUUAGAAGGUGGUGCAGCUCAUAAAGACAGUCGUAUGGAAGUAGGUGAUAAAUUGAUUGCUGUUAAAAAUACGCUGAAUGGUGAUGUAGACUUAGAAAAUGUAACUCAUGAAGAAGCAGUUGCUGCUCUUAAAGAAACUGGUGAUAAAGUAACACUUGUCAUUGUGAAAGAGUCUCUUAGCAUGCGUUAUAUAAAACCAAAAACACCAAUUAAAUCCAGCAUUUCAUCAAAAUCGAGCAGUGAAAAUUUAUCAUUAAUGCUUGAAAAAGUAGCCACUAUUCGAAGGUCUGAUGAAGGGUUAGGAUUUAACAUUAUUGGUGGGGAAGAUAAGGAAGGUAUUUUUAUUUCUUAUGUGGCACCUGGUAGCCCAGCUGAUCAAAAUGGGAUUUUAGAACCAGGUGAUCGUAUUUUAAGUGUUAAUGCAAUUGACAUGCAAAAUGCCACACAUGAUGAUGCCGCUAUAGCUUUAAAAGGCGAUGGUCCAAUUGUUACUAUUGUAGCUCAACAACGACCUGUAGAAUAUCAUAGGCUCCAAAUUAAAUUAGCAGACAUUAAAGAACAAAUAAUGAAAAAAGCUAUUGUAUCUUCAAGCACAUUACCAAGACCUUCACAAAAAUUACAGUUAUUUGUCAGGGCUUUGUUUGAUUAUGAUCCAAACCGGGAUGAUGGCCUACCAAGUCGUGGUAUAUCAUUUACAUAUGGUAGUAUACUACACAUACUUAAUGCUAAUGAUGAUGAAUGGUGGCAAGCUAAGAAGUUAGUUCCAGCUGGUGAAGAGGAUCGUAUUGGUAUUGUACCUUCAAAAAAACGUUGGGAACGAAAACAAAAGUCAAGGGAUCGUACAGUUAAAUUUCAAGGUCAUGUUCCAGUUCUUAUUGAUAAAACUUCUACUCUGGAAAAGAAAAAGAAAAAUUUUGCUUUAAGUCGAAUGUUUCCAUUCAUGCGUAGUAAAGCAGAUCGUUUAGAAUGUACUGGAACAGACCAAGAUCAUUAUAUGCUUUGUUACACUCAUGAAGAUCCAACAUCUGAAGGUAUUAAUUUAAGCAGCAUAAGCAUAAUUGAACUACUUGUUGAAGAACCAACUUUACCAUAUGAAUCUGUUGUUAAGAAAACAUUAAGCUAUAGUCGCCCUGUCAUUGUAGUUGGAAUUUACAAAGACAAAAUAAACGAUCAUCUUAUAUCAGAAUAUCCAGAAGAGUUUGGAUCAUGUGUACCUCACACAUCAAGAGAAAUUCGGCCUGGGGAAGUUGAUGGUGUCCAUUAUCAUUUUAUUAAAUCACGUGAACAAAUGGAACGUGAUAUUAAAGAACAUUUAUUUAUUGAAGCUGGUCAGUUUAAUGAUAAUUUAUACGGAACAUCUCUAGCUUCAGUCCAAGAAGUUGCUGAACAAAAUAAACAUUGCAUUCUUGAUGUAAGCUCCAAUGCUAUUAAACGUCUGCAAGCAGCUGACCUAUAUCCUAUUACUAUAUUUAUUAAAGCAUCUUCUCUUGAUUUUAUAAUGAAAAUCAGUGAUAAAAUGACUGAAGACCGUGCAAAGAAAAUUUACGAUCAAGAAAUGAAAGUUGAACAAGAUUAUUAUGAAUAUUUAACAGCUAUAAUAAAAGGUGAUUCGUUUGAAGACAUUUUUGAAAAAGUAAAAAAUGUUAUCGAUGAACAUUCAGGACCUGAUGUGUGGUUACCAAAUAAAGAUCUAACUAUCUGAAAUUAACAUACUAGAAAGUAGUAAUUAUUGUAAUUGAAAAGAAAAAUGCAUAAGUAUCUUAUUACUUAAGAUGCAUUUAGGUAUAGAUUUUCAAAAUUUGAUUAUUUAUACUAUACUAUAGUCUGCAAAAUAAUAAUAAUAAUAAUAAUAAUACAGGUAACAUUUACAGGUUCUUUUAACCACACACGCACAAAAAAAAUGAAAACAUUAUUUCAAUCCUACCAUAUACACUUAACUGUUUAUUAAUUCUACAACUAAGGAACAAAUAUUUACUUGCAGUAUUAAGAUAGAGUAGGUAGUAAAAAUAAUUAUUAUACAUUUUAAUACCAGUGGAAUUUUGGUUAAAACUAAUUUGAAUAAUUAAUUUUAACAAAAAUGGCUUUAGUUCUUUGUUCUAAGCAGUUCAUUAUAAUAAUUAUCUUCCACUUAUUUAUUAUAAUGUAAUGUAUAGUUCUAAAAAAUUAUUUUAUUUUGGCCACAUUAAAAAUAAUUUUAUGUAUUAUUUUUAAACCUCUGAAAACUAAAAUCUUCAUAAUAAUGUGGUUACCAAUAACUAUUACAGUGGUUGGUCAGUACAAAGUUUAUUGGUUUGAAAAUUAUUAAACUAAAUUUUAUAGUAUAGAAAAAAAUAAUUGUUUAAAAAAAAAAAUGUUUAAGUAAAUUUCAGGUUUAGAAGAAAUA